GCUGGGUACGCGGAAAGGUGGUUCUGCAGUUAGACCAUACUCUUAUAUAUUUUCCAGUUAUUUUCCUAUAGGCCUAUUGGUUAUACAGCACCGGUUUUUCAUUGUCAUAUAGGCCUACGAUAACUCGAACAUUUCCCAGUUACUUUCUCAUAGGCUUAUCUUUUUAUACAGCACUAGUUUUUCGUAGUCAUAGGCCCGUGAAAAUCAUUGCAAAAAGGCUUCAUUUCAACUGGCCAUGAUAAACAGGACAGCGAGUUACAGACAAGUGAAUCCGUGAAGUGAAAUGAACUGACAGUAAACUCAAAGCCGGUGGAGCGAUUUCAUUUUACAAAUAAAGUUCAGAGAAAACAGACAAAAUUCACGAAGAUGGGAACUAAAAUGACGGACACAUCUUCGGUUUUCAUCGUAUUUGGAUUGUUAGUUCUCUUGAAAGAAACUGGAGCGGCAAACGCAAUCGAAAUCAAGACAAAUAAUGCAGCGAACGAUGGUACGAUCUUGUGUGGGGACGAUUCGACGUGCCAGCCAUCAUUUACAGCGCACGAUACGCUAGCAGACGUUAUCUAUGACGUCACGGGAGAGAAUUCGAUUCCAGAAGAAGAAGAAGAAGAAACAGAGUAUUCCGAGGAGCCUGCUGACAUCGCCGAGCUGAUUCUGAACUGCAUAUUCUCUUCGGUGCCCUACGUGGGCGGGAAAUGGCUGACGAACCUCCUCAGGAGGGCGGCUGCCGACGACACCUUGAUGACAGCGAGCUACAGCUUCGUAGACGGCGGGAAACUCUUGGGGAGGAUUAUGGGUCUGGAUUCCACGUCUCAAACCAUCACAUUUUUCGACAGACUGGACGCUUGUUUCGAAGUAGACGCAUAUCAAUCAGAACACCGCAAAAAUGGCGCAGAAGGGUUUAAUCCGGCAAUGAAAGACCACAGACUAAAGCGAUCUUACAAAGAUAAGAACAAGGGUUACGGCAAAGAUUCCUUGAUCGGUUUCAGCAUCUUGGGAAUACUGAUCGUGGGAGCCAUGAUAGCAUACCUGAUAUAUCUUCUUACGUAGUUCAAGUUAAUCUUAAUGAGAUUUAAACUUUAGAGUAUUGAAAUAAAAACAAACAAAUGUAUAAAACAGAUAGAAUACUCGCUCGUCUGAAUUAUAUUCGAUACAGUUAUUACACAGCAAGAGUUUAUUGUACAUUGGUCCUAAAUUUCAAAAUUAUAUGACAUGCCAACUACCACAAGGUUAUUCACAAUCAUCUUCAUCAUCAUUACCUCUAUCAUUAUCGUCGUUUUUAUAUCAUUUCACCGAUACCAUCAUCACCUUCAUUACUAAUGGUACUUUGUUGUUCCUGAAUAUCCACGAAAUGA